CUCUGGCUCCGACGAGGAGUGCGACAGCUGCUUCGCAACUCUUUACGUUCCGUUCCAAUCUGUAUUGUGCUUCUAAUCAUGCGAAGGAUAAACAUUCGCAUGAAAUGUACGAGUUGCCGUGUGAUGCAGAAAUAUUCUUCGAAGAAUUUUGAGUAAGCAGAUAUUUCUAAGAUGGCUGCAUUACAUAGAACAUGUUUGUUUUCAGAAGACAUUAAUUUACAUUUGUACCACGAUAAAGACAAAGGAGGAUAAAUGGAAUAAUAAACAUGGAUAUGUUUCCCAAUGUUCAAAAGAAGGACUACAGAGUCCUAGACUUGGUGCGGCAAAGAGAGAUACAAGAUAUAGUGUCAUACACAAUCCGACAAAAAUUGCAAGUUACUGACAAUUUAAUAUCACGUUUGGGUCUGGAAAAGGAGUUAAAUGGUCAUACAGGAUGUGUUAAUUGUUUGGAAUGGAACGAGACUGGACAAAUUCUUGCAUCGACAUCGGAUGACAAGGACAUUAUAUUGUGGGAUCCUUUCCGUUACGAAAAGAAAUUAGUAAUUCAUACAGGCCAUCACGGAAACAUAUUUUCUGUUAAGUUUAUGCCAAAAGCAAAUGACCGUGUACUGGUGUCAGGUGCAGGGGACUGCAGAAUUCGGGUGUUCGACCUCACGUUCUCGCUCACCGAGCCGAUAUUCACAUGCAAGUGCCACAAAGCGCGCGUUAAACGUAUCGCCACCGCGCCCAGUAUACCAUUCUUGUUCUGGAGUGCCGGCGAGGAUGGUCUCUUUCUGCAGUACGAUAUGCGUACACCGCACGUUUGCAGAAGCGAGGAACACAAUGUGCUCGUGAACCUGGUAUAUCAUGUGGGCAGCCAGGUGGAGGGCAAGUGCAUUUCGGUGAAUUCGAAGAAGCCCGAGCUGAUAGCGGUCGGCGCUAACGACUCUUACAUUCGGAUGUACGAUCGAAGGAUGAUCAAGCUGUCGCAGGUGCCGCCGCCUGCCACUUCGCAUCUCUUAAACAUGGAAUGGGCAAAUCUCAACAACUAUCGAGCAGGCAAAGGCGAUCCGGAUGAUAAUAUCCCGUUGGGUAGCGCACAGUAUUUUAUCGCGGGCCACCUGCGCUCUCGCGACAGUAACAUUAGGAGCAUCACCACGACUUAUUUGACGUUCAGCGACGAUGGCAACGAGUUACUCGUGAAUAUGGGUGGCGAACAGAUUUACUUGUUUGACAUCAAUGACCCGAGACGUUCGAAAGAAUAUUUUGGUAUGAUUUCUUCGCCGAAAAAGUAUACAGAAUCUGUCGAACGGGGUGUCGAAUUAGGAAGGUCUCAUAUGGAACAAAUUGACGUGGAGAAUAUGGAAGAUUUUACGGAUAAAAAUAUGAAGGUGUUGCCGCCGCAUGUUGAGGAAUUGAAGCGUCAAGCGAAUGAGGGUUUUGAGCAGCAAAAGUACUCGUUAGCGAUUAAUUUAUACAACAAAGCAAUCUGUCAUUGUCCAACGGCAUCAGUGUUGUUUGCUAAUCGAGCAGCUGCGUACAUGAAACGUGCUUGGGAUGGUGAUGUUUAUGCUGCUUUACGGGAUUGUAAAAUAACAUUACUUCUUGAUCCAGAACACGUGAAAGCCCACUUUAGAUUGGCGCGUUGCCUGCACGAUUUAAAUCGCUCGGCGGAAGCUGACAAAGUGCUCAGAAGUUUUCAACAGAAAUUCCCCGAAUAUGCAUCUAAUUCAGCGUGUAAAGCGCUGAAAAUGGAUAUAAAGGAAGCUAUUGAUAGCGGAAAAGAAAUCUUGCGUGGCAGUGCGAUACCGUACCCGAUAUCAGAAUACGAACAGGAAUGGAGACGCAAUACGAUUGACUACAAAAUGAGAUUUUGCGGCCAUUGUAAUACGACGACCGAUAUAAAGGAGGCGAACUUUUUCGGAAACAACGGUCAAUAUAUAGUAGCCGGAUCAGACGAUGGUUCCUUUUUUAUUUGGGAUCGCAGUACUACUAAUAUUGUACGUGUGCUGCGAGGCGACGAUAGAAUUGUCAAUUGUCUACAACCACAUCCAUCCACAUGCCUGUUAGCUACCAGCGGUAUCGAUCCGGUAAUUAGAUUGUGGAGUCCGUUACCAGAGGAUGGCAGCGUAAAUGACAGGGAAAUUCUGAAUCUGGAUGACGCCGCGUCGGCCAACCAAGUACGCAUGAACAGCGAUCCGUUUGAAAUAAUGCUCAUGAACAUGGGAUACAGAUUACCUGCUCAACAAGCAGAGUUCAGCGACGAAGACGGUGAGGACCCACGCGAUAUACCGAUUACGCAGGCUUUAAACUGUAGGCCAAGCUAAGUCUCGCAAGGAACACACGAGAGAGAGAAAGAGAGAGCACACUAAGAACGAUUAGACAACCGAGAAGGUUUAUCGACACGAGUGUGUGUGUACGUGUGUGUGUUACAAUUGCACACUAUUAUUUCCAUUUCUAUUUAUUUUGUUUUUUUUUUCCACAAAUGCAUCCCGCAGCACUUUCCUUGUGUAAUCUAUCACGACGGUGUUUUUAUAAGAUUGAAGGGAAAAAAGAAACAGAAGAUCUUAUUUGUCGGUUAAUUUUGUGGGCGUUUCGUUAAGAAACACGAAGCAAAGUACGUGGGUAAACAUUAUAUUUCGAAUCCAUGUAGUACGACAUAGUUAAUAAUAUAUUACGUUAUGAUAUCUCUUUGUACAAAAUGGGUUUGCUUUUAUCCCCUUUUGAAGCUAACGUUUAAUAAUAACGGCGACGAAAGGCCGCCUCGUGAAUAAGCCGAGCAGUUUUCUGGCGUGAAAGAGUGAAAGAGAGUGAGACACUCGGC